UACCGAUAAACAUUAUUAAUUUAGUAUAUUUUAUUAUUUUAACGAUUUAAAAUUAUCUACUAAGUGACAACUGACAAGGUGUCAACUAUCAAAGUCGAGUAUAUUGUAUUUAUUCUAUUCAGAAGCAAUCAAGAAAAAUAUGUCUCGUUUUACGUACCCUAUCAAAUUUAAAUUUAAUAUGUUCACAUAGCGUUUAGAUUAAGAGUUAAAUCGCCAGUCAUUUAUGGAAAAAUUACUGUUUUUUGUGUAUUCGAUUGGAAUCCUUAUUAGGAUCUAUUUGAGCUCCAGCGAUUUCAGUACUUCUAUUGCAGACCGGGUUGAAGUGUCAACGCCGUUGAACUCUUGGAAAAGAGUUAUUGAAGGCGUAUCUUUAUACAAUGAGAAUAUCAAUCCGUAUGAUGGGGACUUAUUUCACGAGACUCCAUUAGCUCUUGUAUUUUUUAGUCACUUGACAUCAACUUUUUCAGAUUUUUAUGUAUCAUUAAUAUUUAUUGUGUGCGAUCUCAUUACUGCUGUUGUGUUAUAUUAUACAUCUAAAAUUUACACUGAAAAUUUGCUUAAACAGCAAACAAAAACAAAACAUGUCUACAAUAAAGAAUUCAACAAAUUAUUGAUACCAGAUGACUUUUCAAUCAUAAACCCAUUUUAUGUAUGUUCAGUUUACAUGCUUAACCCUUAUACAGUGUUUAGCUGUAUUGCAAGAACAACUACAGUGUUUAACAACCUAUUUUUAGCAGUAUGUUUAUAUUCUAUGGUAAAACGGCAUAGACUAUUAGGAUGUCUGAGCUUAGUAUUAGCAUCAUUGCCAACGUUUUACACAUUUGGUUUAAUAGCUCCAUUAAUGAUAAGUUGUGCACCGACUGACUCUAAGAAAAAGACUGGUUCAUUCAUAAUUACAUUUUUAACUUGUGGUACCAUUAGCUGUUUACUACUAUACUUAUGCUAUACUAUUAUGAAUGAGUGGAUGUUCAUAGACUCUGUUUAUGGUUUUAUAUUAAAUGUACGUGAUUUAAAACCAAAUAUUGGUUUGUUUUGGUAUUUCUUUACCGAGAUGUUUGAACAUUUUCGUGCAUUAUUUGUUUGCGCUUUUCAAUUGAAUGCAUCUGUUCUAUAUGUGAUUCCCUUAAGUAUACGUCUUCGUCGUGACCCUUUGUUGUUAGCCACCAGUUUGUUAACAUUAACAGCAGUUUUUAAGUCAUAUCCAAGCAUAGGAGAUGUUGGCUUUUACCUCAGUCUUCUUCCGAUUCAUAGACAUCUGUUCUAUUUUAUGCAACAAGCAUUUAUUGUAUCAUGUUUCUUUGUGGGUUGUACUGUUUUUGCCCCUACUGUGUGGCAUUUAUGGAUUUAUUCACGUUCAGCAAAUGCAAAUUUCUAUUUUGGUGUUACUCUUGCUUUUGCCACAACUCAAAUAUUCCUGAUCACUGAUUUAUUAUUUGCUUAUAUAAAACGAGAGUUUGCUCUGAAACAUGGAAUGAAACGCAUGAUCAACGGAAAAGAAGCACGUUUAAUGCUUGAUUAAUAUAAUUUUAUGUCAAACUUUUUAAAAAUAAUUCUAAAAUCUUGAUAUGAUUACUUUUGAAAAAAACAAAUUGUUAUCUGGU